ACAGAGAUUUGUGAUUAGAACGCAACAUAAUAAAAGAUGUCAACAGAGGUAGAAACUGCGACAGCGGCUGAUAAAUUCUCAGCAAAUGCUGAGGAAUUGGAGAGUUACUAUUUAAUGCUCGAAGCUGGCAAUAUACCAGAAUUGCAGUGGCAAUUCCCUGGGCGUCGUGCGCCAUCGCCGGACGCCAGUGCCGGUGGCAACAGCAAAGAAAUGGAAGCUGCCACAGAAGCCGUCGAACAAGAGCCACAAAAGGCAAAUGACUUUGAUUUCAGUGACGAUGUCGCUCCGACUCAGAUGCGGGUGCGAAGUCAAACGUCGACGCCGAAAUCGGCCAAGAAAAAGACAGCGAAUUUCGCGGGCGUUUUGGAGACAUUGAAAAAGAAGAAGACGGAGGGUUCCUAGCAGACAAAUGCUCUAUAUAGCAUACAGUAUACGUUGGAUCGGUAAAUGGCAUUAAUUUUUGAGAACCUUACCUGCUUGAGAGUAUCCGGAGCAAUCUAACAUCAAAAUCGAGUAGUAACAACUAUUUUCUGGAUUUUAAAUUUUGGAAUACCCGUGAUAGCAGUGACUAGAUGAUAUAUUCUUCUCUGAUUUUGAGUAGUUUAUUCUGAAUUUAUAUUUAACUUCACGAUCUUGAUUGAACUCUUGCUACUUAUAUUCAAGUCUCUAAGCAUAUAAAAAAAUCUAUAUUUAGUCAGUUUAUUGACAUAAUCGAAA